UGGGUGUUUUUGUGUUGGCUAAAUCGUAUAAUUGAGCAGGUUGUAUUGAAAGCUGAAAUGACAGAUUGUCAGAUAGCAUUUAUUGUAUUUGUUUGUAUGUGAACGUCAGUCUUUGCUUUUUCUUUUGAAUUUGUUAGUUAGUAUUCGGUUUUCUUGCAGUAUGUGCCUUUUAUAAGUUGCCGGCAAUUCGCGAAAUCGUUUAGGAUUCACAAAGAAAAUAUUUUUUUUUUAUAAAUUUUACAAUCAAUAAUAGUAAAUUGAUUUGUGUACAAGUUAUUGAUCCAAAUUUUUGAUUACAACAAUGGAGGAACCUCCCUCCGAAGAAAGUUUAAUAUCAAGAUCAUAUCAGACUCAACUGGAAGAAAUUGCUUUAAGGAAAAAUACAAUAAUUUAUCUACCAACAGGUUCUGGGAAAACCUUUAUUGCUAUUAGCCUUAUUGGAAGAUUUAAGAACAGUUUGAGCGGAGAAUGGGGAAAUGGUGCGAAAAGAACAUUUUUUCUUGUCAACACGGUGCCAUUAGUGCAACAGCAGCGAAAAUGUAUUAUGGAUUUAUGUCCCGUAAAAAAAGUUGCUGGUUAUAGCGGAGAAGAUCGAGUUGAUUUUUGGAACAAAAAGAAGUGGGACGAGGAACUGAGUAAUAAUGAGGUUAUUGUUAUGACAAGUCAAAUCUUAUUUGAUAUGAUAACACAUAAAUACAUAAAUGUAAGAGACAUAAAUCUGUUGGUUUUUGAUGAAUGCCAUCAUGCCAUUGAUGACCAUCCUAUGCGAAUGGUAAUGAAACAUUUUGAAGCUUGUCCAAAAGAAGAACAACCAAGAGUAGUUGGUUUGACUGCUACACUUCUAAAUUCAAAUGUCACCCUGUAUAAAGUUGAAGAGUCGUUGCGACAGUUGGAAACAACUUUCCACGCAACAAUCGCUACUGUUAAUGAGUUUGGAGAAGUAUUAACUUAUUCAACAAACCCGAACGAGUUCAUAGUGGAAUAUAGAACUUAUAAAAUACCAAUAAUCGCCGAAGAAGCUUUCACGUUGCUACGUGAACUUAAAUCUUUAAUUGAAAAGGUGAAAUUGCCAACUGUUGAGAGAAGCGAUGUGAAAUUGAAGAAGGGCCAAAUUGAUAUAUCGGUUGAUCCUAAGAAGAUUGUGAAACAGGUAAAAAAUAUGAUUGUAUCAAUUGAAGAGUUUAUUACUGAAUUAGGAAUUUAUGGCGGUAAUAUAAGUAUAAUAGCUUAUAUUAUUCUGUUGGAGCAACUGAAGAGAAAAGCUAUAACAUUGGAAGAAGAGAAUUUAUACCGUUUUACCAUAACACAUCUUGUUGAGGUCAGGAUGAUUUUAAGCGACAUAAUGAAGAAUGAGACAGGAUUUGAAAGGGUUGUUAGACAUUCAUCGGACAAAGUACUUCAUCUUUUAAAUAUAUUAAAAGAAUACAAUCCAGAUAUUAUUAAAAGUGACAGUCCAUUAAAAGUUAACUGCUCAAGGCAAUCAAUAUCGGCAAUAAUAUUUACACAGAAGAGAUUUUCUGCAAAAAUAUUGUACAACUUACUAAAGGAGGUGAUUGAAGUGAAUCCACAAGAUUUUGGUUUUUUGAAACACGAUUUCAUCGUUGGCUUCAAUGUGAAUCCGUACAAUAAUACAAGGGAGCAGUAUUUCACGAAGAAACAAAGCCAGCAGGCGUUGCUGAAGUUUGCUAACAAAGACCUCAACACUCUGAUUGCGACAAGUGUUAUAGAGGAAGGAAUAGACAUUCCGCAAUGUCGCUUAGUCUUGCGCUUUGACCCGCCAGCUGAAUAUCGUUCUUACAUUCAAAGCAAAGGUCGAGCAAGAUCCUCUGAAUCGGCGUACGUAAUAUUAAUAUCAAAUGAAAAUAAAGUCAAAUUUAUGCGGAGAUAUGAAGAAUUUCAAAAAAUAGAGCAACACGUGCAAAGGAUGUUAGUGGGAAAAACAGAUAGUCGUGAUGAACCUACGAAGAAAGACAUCAGUGAUAACUUAUAUAACGAUGAAGAUAUACCGACAUAUGUAACUGAGCAUGGAAAUCGUCUCUCAGCGCAGUCAGCUAUCCAGUUGUUGCACAGAUACUGCGCCACGUUACCUCACGAUCAGUUCACUGUUAUCACACCGAUGUGGAUAAGAGAAAAACUUAAUUAUCGUGAUUGUGAGCAUGUUCUAAUUACUAUUUUGUUGCCUAUAGCUAGCACUAUUAAGGACCCAAUAAAGGGUAAACCGAUGUUUGACAAUAAAUCGGCGAAACGUUCAGCUGCAUUAAAUGCAUGCAUUUUGUUACAUAAAAAUGGAGAAUUAAAUGAAUAUACUCUUUUACCAGAAUCUUAUAGCCGCGUUGAUUUCGAUCAGGUCGAUAUAAAACAAUGUUUUCCGAAUUGGCCAGAACAUGAAGAAGACAAAGGUAACAAAAAUGUCCCCGCUGUCGGUACUAAGAAAAGAAUACGCAAGCACGCUAAAGUGUAUCCCGAGAUACUUAAUGGUCCUGGUAGUUGGGCGUGCGGUCAAAAUACCUUUUACCUGCACAUUAUACAGUUGAAGGCCGCCUUCCCGGAGCCGAAGGACUCCCGCGAGAAGGCGCUGUAUAACUUUAUCCAUAGAGGGGAAGGCUACGGUUUCCUCACUUCGAAGCCUCUCCCCCAGCUCUGUGACUUCCCAAUGUUCCUCUCAGUCGGCGAAGUUACCACCUCCAUAAAGAUUAAUUACGCAAAGAUUGAAAUUGAUUUGAAUUUAUUUGAAUUUAUCAAAGAAUUUCACUAUUUUAUAUUUUAUUACGUACUCGAAGUUGCCAAAAAGUUUCUCGUUUUCGAUGGCACAAAGAACAGCAUGUACGUAGUUCCUGUUAAGAACGACGGCGAUGGUUACGACAUUGAUUGGAACGUCAUUCAACAUUACAAAGAUAUACCACCAGUUACGGUACCCACUUUAGAGGAGCGCAAAGCGGUGAAUGUGACAAGAGAGAGCUAUCAAUAUAAAGUUGUGUCGCCCUGGUACCGCGCCACCAUCUUCCCAGACAGAUAUGUAGUGUCCGAUGUACUGGAGUACAUGAGUCCGCAGUCUCUGUUCGGUUCUAAUACGUUUGCGACGUACGCUAACUACUAUUCGAAUAAAUACAAUUUGGAAAUAGAAGGCGACAGACAUCAACCACUACUUGAGGUACGUAACAUCAGCACGCGUAUGAACUGUCUGAUGCCGAGGGCGUCUACAAUCAGGUCUUUCUCGGAGAAGCAACGCAAGUUGAUCAGCGCGGCGCAGGGAGAUGACAAGCCGAGAGGGUUCUCAGAAAUAUUCAUAGCCGAGUUCUGCAUCAAAUACGAAUUCCCCGGCGUCUUGUGGUACAAGGCUACCAUCCUGCCAAGUAUAUUGCACAGGGUCCAUAUGUUGCUUGUGGCGGAGGAACUUCGUGUUGAAAUCGCAACAGCCACCAAAUAUGGACAAGUCAAAUUGAAUAGAGGUGAGAAAUGGGAGCCAGUGGGAGUAGAUAUGGAGGUCGCGAAAAAGUCUCUGUUGUCGCAAGUUGAAGGCCCCGAAGAUCAGAUGGCAGCCCUCAAAAAUACCGUGGACAGAAUAAACAACCCUAUAGAUGAGAGCGCGCCGAGACCUGUCACAUUAAUGUCAAUGAAAGAUAGCGUGUACCAGCUGCAGAAGCAAAAGAUAAACAAAGAAUAUCCCUGGGAGGAAAACAUGGAGCCAAUCGAUAUAGAUCGUAACUUGAGCACAGUGACCGUGAUGGAUAUAGAGUGUUAUGACGAGUUUAUUAGCGCGCCUCUGUUAACGGUGCCCAAUGCUGUGCCCGUUGACACUCCGAAUGUCACGGUCGGACCCCACAUCUCCGCUGCCAUCUUGCCACCGCCGAUCGUAUAUAACGACGAGAUAGAUAUACUAUUAAGAGAGCCGGUCGGCCGAGGACCGGAACAGAAAGAUAUCCUGACAGCUCUCACGACCAUCAAAUCCCACGACAACUUCAACUUGGAGCGUGUGGAGACGUUGGGAGACGCUUUUCUCAAGUUUGCAGCCACCUUGUAUCUGUUCCACAAGUUCCCAACUUUGAACGAGGGACAACUCACUAAUAUCAAAGGCCGACUUAUUGGUAAUAGAAAUCUCUAUUAUGCCGGUGAAAAAAUGCGUUUGGGCGGACGUAUGAAGAUUGAAGGAUUCAGUCCAAGAACCGAUUUCGUAGUGCCAGGUUUUCUUGCGCCCAAAGAAGUUCAGAAGUUUAUUGAAGAAAAGGGGAUCAGACCGUCGUUCUUACUAGGCAUGCAAUUCCCACUGGAAGACGCACUAAGCGGCAAGCUGUCGAGUGAAAGCAUCGCACAAAUAGAGAAGAGAUACACAGAAUGCGACGGUGUGGCCGAGCAGGAGCCGCAGUUUGGGGCGCAGAACUCCAUGCAGUGCUAUGUGUCCGUCCAGGUCACGCACGACAAGACUGUGGCAGAUUGUGUGGAAGCGUUAGUGGGCACUUAUCUGAUGCAUGGUGGCGUUUUGGCAGGUAUCAAAGUUUUGGAGUGGAUGAAAAUUAUACCUAAGAAGGACAAUUUAACAUCUCUUCUGACACGACCGAUGACAACAGUGUUAACAACGAACACCGUACCCCUCACGGAGAUCGAUUUCCUCUUAAACUAUAGCCGACAAGAAGUUGAGGAGAUAUUGAACUAUAAAUUCAAUGAUCCCGCGCUUUUACUAGAGGCUUUAUCACACCCGUCGUACAUUCGCAAUCGUUACACGCGCUCCUACGAGCGGCUCGAGUUCCUCGGCGACGCGGUGUUGGACUUCCUCAUCACGUCGCACAUAUUCGAGCAGUGCCAGGACUUCAAGCCCGGAGAUCUCACCGACUUGAGAUCAGCUCUCGUCAAUAAUGUCACUUUUGCAGCCUAUGUCGUCAAACUAGGAUUACAAAAAUACCUUUGCUCGCAGCUGAACCCAGUAUUGGGUGGCGCUAUAAUGGCCUUCGUAGAACAUCAGGAGCAGAGGAACCACGAGAUAGUGGAGGACAUCCUCUACCUGAUCGAAGAGGAGGAAUGCCAGAUCGCAGAAUACGUUGAAGUACCAAAGACGUUGAGCGACAUAUUCGAGUCUCUGGCGGGCGCGAUCUACCUGGACAGUGGCGGCAGUCUGAGCACGCUGUGGGCGGUCGUGUACCGCAUCAUGCAUCGCGAGAUACACGCCUUCUCGCGCAGCAUCCCGCGACAACCCGUCGCCGUACUCUCAGAGAUGAUCUACGCCUGCCCGCACUUCGGAACCGCCACAGUAUCAAAGACUGAACAAUCAAAGGUGAUGGUUCCUGUGACGUUCACGAAGGACGGCCGCCAGCACACAGUGUACGGUGUCGGCAACAACAAGCUGCAGGCCAAGCGCGCCGCCGCCAAACUGGCCCUCAAAGUGCUCGCCUGUUGAACAACAUGUUUUAUGUAUACAGCACUAUAAGCCAUGUUUAUCACGUGGUUGAGGGUUCGAAUUCCACCAUUAGCUUAAAAAAAAAAUUAAAAAUUUGUUUUUAUUUGCAUGAAAACGGUGUCUCAAUGUGCAAAAUCCGUGAGUUUUGCACUUACUAUAAAAUGUAAUUUAUUUUAAUUUUUUUUAAUAACCACUAAUAUUUUUUAUACUAUUCGA